AAAAUCUACAACAAGUUUGCAUCUGACAAUUAUAUUGAUAUUUUAACCCUCUUUUCCUUCCUUUGUUAUCCAGAAAAACUUCGAAAUUGUGUGUCCUUUCUUCCAGCUGAUUGCAUUGUCCUUAAUUCCCAUACGUAAACAACAGACAUUCUCGCAAAUUUGCUCUCUGUUUUUGAUUUAUCUUGCUAUAUGUUUUGCCCUGCUUAUUCGUCUCACUUGGAACGUUUUUUAUUUUGGUGUUUCGAGCGAGUUCCUAGAGGGAAACCCUCCACUAUCGAGUCCGAAAUUAAAUAGAAUAAAAACUACUAUAAAAUAAAUUAAACACAAUGCCAUUGAUUGUAAUUUCUGGAUUCCCCGCUAGUGGCAAAACGAAACGUGCCUUGGAACUGAAAUCGUACUUCGAAAGCCGGGGGAAACGUGUCCAUCACAUAAGCGAGAAUAAGGCAAUACCAAAAGCUGGAUUCCACAAAAACGUGUACUUUGCGGACUCACAAAAGGAGAAAAUGGUUAGAAGUGACUUGAAAUCCGAAGCUCUACGCCUGCUGGACAAAGAAAGCGUGGUGAUAUUGGAUGCCGGGAACUAUAUUAAAGGAUAUCGUUACGAGUUAUUCUGUGCCACAAAAGCCGCCCGAAGUACACAAUGUACAUUGUUUUGCGGUGUACAAAAUGAUCGUGCCUGGGAGUUCAAUUGCAGUCGUUGCGGUGUCGAGCCAGAAGAUCUGAGUAAAGUGGAGGAUGAAUCACUGUUAGAUAAUUCCAAUAUUGCAUACAGCAAGGAGAUUUUUGAAGGCUUGUGUAUGAGAUUUGAGGAACCUCACGGGAACUGUCGUUGGGAUAGCCCACUUUUCGUUUCCUUUCCAGACGAUGAGCUAGAAUUUGAAAAUAUCUACAGUGCUCUGUUCGAAUCGAAACCUCUGCCGCCAAACCAAUCAACACAAAACCCCCCUUUAAGUUCAACAAAUUAUGUAUUUGAAUUGGAUCGUUUAACCCAGGAGAUUGUGUCCGAUGUUCUGGCAGCAAGGAAAAUUGGAAUCCUGGGACCCGUCCCCAUUAAAAAUAGUCAAAUAAAAGUCGAAAUACCUGGUAAUAUGACUGCCAUUCAACUGAAUCGUUUAAGGAGACAGUUCCUCAACUACAGCAAAUUGCAUCAUGCCACCACCAGUACACUUGACAAAGUUCCUCAGUUAUUUGUUCAGUUUCUGAAUUCCAACUGUGGCAGCGGCUCUUAAAGAAAACAAAUUGUGUGCAUUGUCGUUUUACGAUUUAUAUAUAUAUGUAUUUUUGUUGCAUAAAAUUUCAUUUAACUCCAAUUGUUUUUCUAUUGGAAGCCUUCAUGGAUUUGUUUUUACAAAAUAUUUUGUAUUUGAAAAAUAAAGAAAAAUCAAUUCAAAUAUGUUUAGUAAA